AUGCUGCUCGACGCGCUCGUAGCCUGCUCAGGCGUCACGCUCAAAGCUGUUGCGACUGCGCUUGGCCUCCCUGUGCAGUCGGGCACGGUCACGGCGGAGGGCGAUCUCGACUUCAAGGGGACGAUGGGUGUGGAUAGGAAUGCGCCAGUGGGGUUGACGGGUAUACGGUUGCAGUUUGACAUCAAGUUUGGGGAGAAGGAGGACGGGAGUGAGGUGAAUGAGAAUGAUCUUGAGAAGUUGGGCAAGUUGACGGAGAGGUACUGUGUUGUGCUGCAGACGCUUGUGAAGAAACCUACCAUCGGCGUGGUUAUGAUUGGGGGUGGGAAGCAGGAAGAUGGGAUUGAGAGGGAGAUCAUGCAUUGUAGUAAAUACUGA